ACGAUGUAAAAACUUAGGAAGCAAUAUAAUAUUUAAUAAUGUUUAUGUCAAAAUUGAUCAUUAGUACAAGCCGAAAAAAUCUGAUUUGACCUUAAACCAAGGAGAUUAAUUGUAAGAAAAAUAAAAUCACAUGACGCACCUUGUCACAGCAAAAAAUUACGAUGAGUCAAAAUCUAACUUACUACUUAAAGCAGGAUUCUGAUGCCCUACUUCGGUACGGGAAACAGUUAUUCGCAUAACCAAACAAUGCUCACGACCACGGUUGCAGAAAGAAGUAGUUCAGCACACGCAAGAGCAAGAGUGAAAGAAGACUUCGACAAAAUUCACAACUGAAAAAACAAGAAAAAGAAAGCGACAACAUGGGAGAAGAGAAGGAAGGCACGUCGAGUUCACUGAGUGAAGGACUCGCUCCCCGUGACCCGGACGAUCUCCCCAAAUCUCCUCCUAGUUCUCCCAAUUCCUCCACUCGCAAGGCUUGUUAUGCUGUUCUACAAAGCUGGGUCUCAAAGAAGUUCAUGACUGGAUGCGUGGUACUCUUUCCAGUUGCUGUUACAUUUCUAGUGACAUGGUGGUUUAUUCAGUUUGUUGAUGGUUUCUUCAGUCCAAUCUAUGCUAGGCUUGGAUUUGACAUAUUUGGCCUUGGGUUCAUUACAUCUCUAUUGUUUAUAUUUUUUGUGGGCAUAUUUGUUUCAUCAUGGCUGGGUGCCUCUGUUUUCUGGCUUGGGGAAUUGUUAAUCAAACGAAUGCCCUUUAUAAAGCACAUAUACUCAGCCUCCAAACAAAUUAGUGCUGCUAUUUCCCCAGACCAAAAUACCAAUGCUUUUAAAGAGGUUGCAAUUAUUCGUCAUCCUCGUCUUGGUGAAUAUGCAUUUGGUUUUAUCACAUCUUCUGUUAUCCUUCAGAGGGAUAAUGGGGAUGAAGAGUUGUGCAGUGUUUAUGUACCAACAAACCAUCUAUACAUUGGGGACAUAUUUCUUGUCAAUUCUGAGGAGAUCAUAAGGCCAAACUUAUCUAUUCGAGAAGGCAUAGAGAUAAUUGUUUCAAUUGGCAUGACAAUGCCGCAAGUAAUUUCCCCUGUACAAAGGAUUCCGUAUCAGGGUAAUAGGAUUCCUCUGAACAGAAUAAUGUGAAGACAUGGAAAACGGGUGAUUCUGCUGUUGUCUCCUUUAUCUGUGGGAUUUAUGCAGGGAAUUAGAGGAAGUUUUUGUUUUUAUUUUUGUUUUUCCCAUCCUGUUGAAUCAUUUUGCUGAUAGAAACAUUUGGCUUUUGACUAUUCGGAUGGUUGAAGUGUCUGAAAAAUAAUACCUGGAUGGUAAUAUGGAUCUUCACAUUUGUAUCAGGGUUAUAGGAGUAGAGAAUUUCUUGCUCAGAUAACACUCUUCAAUACCUGAAAAGGUGAUUUAUUAUCAUUGGAAGAUCCUUGGCUGAAUUGUCAACAUUAUGGUUGGGUGGCAAUCAUGAACUGCAUACUGUUGUAUCUGUAUACUUGCCGUGUAUAGAAACAAAAAUCCAGAUACUGUUUCCCUUUGUUCAGUUGUGUAUAAACUUUCAUGAAAUAUUUUUUUCAUGAAGUAGGGAAUUAAAAAGCAAAUGCGAGCAAUUAUCUACAGUCUGGUAAUAGGCUUCAAUUCUGUUUGUGAUACUAAAUUGAAGUGGCUUGGGUUUUAAUAC